AUGCACAUUAAAAAAUGUUAUAAGACAAAUACGGAGAAGAAAAAUGCUACCACCCUUAAUGAGCAGAAACCUGAUGAAUCUGCUAAAAGCAAAGAGGAUUCACUUCUCCCCAUCGUUGAGAAGGGACUUUUCUUCCACGAUUCCUUCGAGGAUAUUCGGAAGCACUUUGUGACAGCCAUCGACCAAAUCCUGGAUACGUGGGGAGAAGCUAAAUCCAUGAGUGAUCUCAUGAAUAGUUACGGACGUGUAAGAGAGCGUAAUUUGCAGCAAGAGAACCAAGUCAUGGCCUUCAGCGAAGAAGAGAAGCACAAGGUUGUACUGGAUGUUCAUGACUUCAAGAGUGGAGAUGUUAAGGUCAGAGUAGAAGACAACCAGGUGGUAGUGGAAGGUCGAGUGGAAAAGGAAGAGGGCGACUUCAAGUCCAUGAAAAGCUUCUGUCGACGUUUCAACUUCCCAGGCGAAGUGAACAUGGAGGCUGUGACUUCCGCAAUGUCUUCCGAUGGCGUGUUAACUGUCACUGCGCCGAAGAUUCAAUAG